AUGUCUCAACCUCAUGGCUACUUGGAUACUACAUUCCCAACCAAAGUGUGUCGAUUGAAGAAUGCUCUAUAUGGUUUGAAACAAGCACCACGAGCCUGGUUUCAACGACUCAGUUCUGCCGUUAUACAGUGGGGAUUCAGCAACUCUAGAACUGAUAGUUCUAUGUUUCUACACUUUGGUGAGUCUACUACUUUGAUUGUUCUUGUCUAUGUUGAUGAUAUAAUCAUCACUGGCUGCUCCUCAACACAGAUUUCCUCACUCAUUGCUAAGUUUGAUUCUAUUUUUACUUUGAGAGAUUUGGAACAGCUAUCAUACUUCCUCGGUAUAGAAGUCUCUUACCAUGAAGGCUCUAUGAAUUUAAGCCAAACCAAAUACGUUUCUAAUCUGCUUCAUCGAAUUGAAAUGUUUGAUACCAAACCAGCAAAAACACCCAGAGCUGUUGGGAAGAAUUUGUCCAAGUUUGAUGGUGAUCCUAUGGACGAAGUCACUCAAUAUCGAAGUGUGGUAGGGGCACUUCAGUAUCUAACAAUAACAAGGCUUGAUAUAGCUUUUGCAGUUAAUAAGGCAUGUCAAUUCAUGCAACAGCAUACCUCAGCUCAUUGGCUUUCAGUCAAAAGAAUUCUUCGUUAUCUUAAAGGAACAAUGCAAGAUGGGUUAUUGCUGAGUCCUUCAAACAAUUUGACAAUCGAAGGCUUCUCAGAUGCAGAUUGGGGUGCUCAACCUGAUGAUAGGCGAAGUUCUAGUGGCUAUUUGGUGUAUCUGGGAGGUAACUUAGUCUCUUGGUCCUCUACCAAACAAAAGGUGGUGUCUCGCAGCAGUGCCGAGUCUGAAUAUCGUGGCCUUGCCUUAGCUACUGUAGAAAUUAUAUGGAUGCAAGCCUUGUUGCAAGAGUUAUGUGUUCCUAUACCUGUGAUUCCCCUGCUCUGGUAUGAUAAUAUCAGUGCUUAUCAUAUGGCAAAGAACCCUGUGUUUCAUGCUAGAACGAAGCACAUUGAAAUAGAUCUUCACUUAAUCCGAGAUCAAGUCAUACGAGGCAAAAUACAACUGCAUUUUGUUCCUACUGAAGAUCAGCCAGCUGAUCUUUUGACUAAGCAUCUUACAAGUUCUCGGUUCUUGUCUCUCAAGUCACAGCUUUGCAUAGCUCCAAGACCCUUUCACUUGAAGGGGGAUGAUAAGCCAAAGAUAGAGAAAGUGGUUAUAGAUCUCACGUGA